UCCUCGAAACCUACUUAACCAGCACUGCACCAAGUUCCGUGUCAUACUUGGGAUUUUUGAAAUCGGCUCGCCACAUAAUUGUCAAAAGUCCUCCAUUAACAGAAGAUUGGAAAGGGUUGAAUGGUGCGUGGUACAGACGAUUUUCGAAGGCAACAAAAAAAUUGAAUCUACUGUCGGUCGCGGAAGAGGCACAUUUUCCUAGCCCAAGUGAUAAUGAAGAACACCUCUUGACAGCUAUUUACCUGAAUCCAGAGUAUAGGCACAUUUUCCUAGUUCUCAUUAUUUGCGACAUGGUCUAUUCUGUGAUGUUAUGGGGGGAGGAUGUUGGAGAUGAAAUUGUGGACGAAUGCCAGCGAUCAUCGAAAAGACUCAAGAAGGAUAAACAAGGGCAAAGUCGAUUAAGAAGCGGAGUAGAUUAUCAUUCUAGUUCAAAAGAUAAUGUUGAAUCGCAGGGUCCAGUAUCUGUAUUUGAGUAUGAUGAUUCUGAAAAAAGUGAUUUCGAUACACAGGAGGCGAUUGAUGGUCAAGACCAAGAGGAGGUGAAGGAUGCGAUCAGUGGUGAAGAGGCGAAGAAAGUAGGACCAUUUAGACUAAGCAAGGAAAAUCGAGAGGAAAUUGAUGCAGCCUUUAAGUCAAUGGACGAACGAUGCAUGUGGAAACUUUCGACCGGAAGAUUCGUCGAAAAAGAGCUAUAUAAACUAGGUCAAGAACAGGAAUUCGAGCAGUUAGUAUUCAUGCAUAAAUUAUACGUCGAUGACGAACUAAUCUCAUCGUAUUUCAGCGAUACAGAACUUGACGAAAUUGAUUAUGCCGCCGGCCCUCACGUACCUGAUCUUCCAGAUCAAAUCGCUGAAUUUCUAUAUGAGUUCGCUGGAAAAACUAAUUUGAAUGAGAUUCGAGAGACCAUAAAGUCAAAGAUGUUUGGUAACAAUUAUGAUCACGAAAAGCAUCAUGAUAAGGAUUAUAUAAUCUAUGCACUUUAUUCAUU